UGGGUGAGCCUGGGAAGGGCGAGCUUCAGCAGAGGGUAGGGACUUUCCCAGUUCAUCAUCAGUCUCAUUGUCCAGUAGUAGAUGUGUUCAUUGUUUGUCCUCUUACCUUCUCCUCCCAUCUCUCAACAUGAAAAGAAAAAACUCCACAUUUCAACAGAUUAAGAAACAGCAGUCCGUUGCCGUGGACGAGAUGGAUUGGGUAUUUAUUUGCUUAGGUACAUUUUUGUAGGCUUCCUAAAAAUCAUGUCUUUUUUCCCCUAAAGAAAGUCCUAACAGUAAGCAGAUAGAUUCUUUUUGAGUUCAGCAGUAUUUCCCUGAAAUUUUCUCAGGCCUGUUUAUUUGGAAGGAUAGCAUUGUCCCUGUGAUUGAACAGCCCUCACCUUUUAAAUAUUUACUGCAAGGGCUGCCACCAGAGACAGAAGAAUCAACAAUAAGAAGCAGAAUUAAACGUUAAUCAGAAUGUAGUGUUUAUGCUGUUAAUGAGCUCACAGUAGUAUGUCACUGGACCUUAUUAGAACAGUAUAAAUUGUGAAAACCAAGCUUACCUAAUACAUUUUUCUAAGUCUUGAUUGUUGUAGUCUGUUUAAAUCUAAAGACUAAGCCAACUUUUCUGAAUAAAAUGGAUAACACAGUUUUGCUGAAAUCACACUUCCAUGAAUAAUUCCUCCCUCCCCCUCCCUCCCCAUCUGUUACAGAUCAGUGACUCUGGGGUAGAUUUUCUAGAAGCUGAAAAGAAUUAACUUUUAAGUUUGGGUUAUUCUAAAGUCUUGAGCUGAAAUUAUUCAUCAGUAUGACUAAUAUCACACAUUGCUUUUUCUGGUACUGUAAGAUAUAUUUUGUCUUUCUCCUAAAGACAAAAGAGAUACAAGCCUUAAAAAUAAGCAGCCAGGUUUUGCCUGUGUUUGUUGCUGUAGAACCUCCAGAGGUCUAUCCUUGAGCCUCUGUAGAAUGGGUAUGGGUAGCAGAUGGAGUUUUCUAAGCUGGUCUUGUUCAGAAUUGAUUCCACUACCUUUUGGCUCAGUUUCACAUACAAAGUACAGUUUUGGAUGUGACUUAAGUGUUUUGUAGGAAGAGGGGGGAAUUCUGAAAAACCAGACAGGGAGAGACUAACUUAAUAGCUUACCCACAAGGUCAGCUUGAGUGAGUUUGAAUUGUUACUUAAGAUUUUUGCCUUUUUUUUUUUUUUUUUAAUUUGUCAUCUUAGUCAUAAUACUGUGUGUUAAUAAAAUGAGGAUACAUUACCAUUUUGUGAAAUUCCAGUUUUUUCCCCACAAUCUUGAUAUUUUUAUUUAAGAAACCCUAGAUGAUAGUAAUGUUUUCUAAUCUACUAACAGUUACCCACUUUGGGUAAUUACCUUCCUUUAAUAAAAACGUUUAGGAGAUUAAAAUACUGGCUCAGUGAGGGGAGUAUGCCAGUUUUAAAAGGAUUAAAAGGAGGUGGCUUUUUACCCAUGUGACCUUUUGUUAGUGAUAUGUAUGGGUUGUGCUAAUUUUUGUAAUAUUUAAAUAGUGAAAUAAUUUACAAUAUCACAUCCUAUUUGUUUGGAACAUUGACUUCUCAGUAUCAUCAAAACUCUGAAUGCAGUAGGUAGAACUGUUUUGCUAAAAGCUCUUUCUCAGGUAAAUACUUACACCAAAGUAUCUUCGUCUUUUCUAGAAAUGGAAAAAUAAUUCAAAAAAGGAGCUGUAUCUGAUAUAUUUUAUAAAAACUGAUAAAAAGAUAAAGAAGAUAAGCCAGGAUAGAAUUCAUUCAGGUUUGGUUUGUUUUCUUCUAAAAAUAAAUCUGAACUGAAGAAGAAGAAAUUUGGAGAGUGACUGCUACAUGUGUUCACUCACCUUUAUGCCACAAAGAUUCUUGUAUCACGUAGUUCUGAUAGGCCUACCAGUGUCGCUUUUUCACAUGUCUCACAUGUUUGCCCAUGAAUUCUCUAUAUGUAGGUGUGUAAAAUUAAUUUCUUUCUAAGUUCUGUUGAAAAUCUGUUGAAGUUGCCACAUUGUUUUAUGUCAUGUGAGAAAAUUGAAGCAACCAACAAACCUUCAGAAACAUUCCCCCACUUUGAUUCUACCAGUUCCUGAUUUUAAAGAUGGCAAAGGAAUGGAGAUUAUAACCCUGCAUGCUGUGUGGUUAGCAUUAUUAACCCAAGUUUGCUUGUCUGUUUCCUAAUUCAAACAGAGCGUCAGAAGCCAUGAUGCAUGUAGUGUGUGUGUACUGCAGCUGGAGUGGGCCCCAGACCAGGACUUAGGCCAGUGAAACUGACCAUCUCAGCUACAGGAGGACUAUAUGCUGCUUUCAUAAGAAAAGUGGUAAAGAAACUACCUCACUGGGAAUGUCAUUGUUACCAACUUCAGAUGGAUUUAACCAUCUAGCCCAUCCUUCAGGACAGAGUCCUGAGAUUGGUAAUCAUACGAGUCUUACUCACUCUGUCUCUGCUUCAGUCUGCCCUGCAAAGCCCAGUGACCCAGAUAGCCUUGAACCUGAAGCUGUCAAGGCUUUGAAGGCUUCAGCUGAGUUCCAGAUAACCUCUGAAAAGACAGAGCAUCUUCUUCCUCUACGGGAUCUUUCUGUUGAUGCUUCUUCAGCAGACAGUGCUCCAGCAGACCAUAGUCCAGCUAUGCCUUUGAAGAAGUCAUCAAAAGAGGCAGUUGUUGCAGAUAAUCUAAAGAAAUUUCCUGCUGAAAAAAGCACCCAGGGCCUCAAAAUUCAUCUCUAUACAAGACAGGAAACUAGCUUAUCUGCCACAACUACUAGGAUGCAUGAACCACAAAUGUUUCUCAGUGAAGAGGGUUGGCAUCCAGAAUAUCAGAAUCUGAGUCAAGUAAAUGGCCUUCAGCACCAAGAAGAACCAGGGAAUGAACAGCAGGAGGUAGUACAACAGAAUGCUCCACAUGACCAAGAACAUCUUUGUAACACAGGGGACCUUGAACUUCCUGGGGAAAGGCAACAGAACCAACAAAAAUGUAUUGAUUUAGAAGAUGAGAUGAAAGGGGACAGGCUACAGCAGAAUGUAGACCUUCUAGGUAUAGAGAAAAAUACUCUACCUUCAGGAUGCUUUGGCUGCUCAAAUUCAGAAACACUUAUGGAAGUAGAUAUUGUUGAACAGUCCCUGGUUGCUGUGUUUAAUUCAGCAGGCAAUCAACAUGCCAAUGUCAAGAACAUUGGUGCAUCUGAUCUCACGCUAGAUAAUCCCUUAAUGGAAGUAGAAACAUCAAAAUGUAACCCUUCAUCUGAAAAUUUAUCUAAUUUCAUUUCCACUCAGGAUUUACAGCUCCAAGAAAGUAAUGUUGAAACGUCCAGAACAAAUAGAGAAUAUGGUAAUUGCUCCCCCUCUUUAAGUCUUUGUGGCAGUUGUCAGCCCUCUGUGGAGUCAACAGAGGAAUCGUAUUCAUCUAUAACGACAGCUUUGAAGGAACUUCAUGAGCUUUUAGUCAUUAGUAGUAACCCAGCUUCAGAACAUACAUCUGAAGAAGCUGUCUGCCAAUCAGAAACGGGAGCUGAGGGCCAAACAAGUAUUAAAGACCUUUCUGAAUUACAGACCCAAAAUGAGCCUCUUACAGCUACCCAGGAGGAACAGCAUUCACAAGUCUCCUUCCAUCAGGCUGUACCUUUAUCGGUCAAGGCAGAAAAAUUAACAGGCAUUUCACCUGGUACUGGAACAGAGGAUGUAGAAAAUGUUAACUUCAGGGUUCCAAGUGAUGGCAUGCAUACUGAUAAAGAACGUGUCCCCAAGUCUAGGGAAUCAGUAAACGAGAGCAGUUCUGUCCCUCUAUCCUCAGCUGAAAUGUCUGAUCAACUGCACUGCACCCUAGAUGCAGAAAUUUCACCCAAACUUCUAGCAGGUGAGGAGGAUGCACUCAAUCAGACUUCUGAGCAAACUAAGGCCUUGCCAUUCAGUUUCAGAUUGGUUAAAGACUUGUGUCAGUGCACACAGAAUCCAGUGACAGACAGGCCUGAAACCAGAGAAGAUGUCUGUCCUGAAGCUGCCAGCCCAUUCCUUGAGUUUGAACCACCUACCAGCCAGCCAUCCAGUCCCUCCAUUCUUCCACCAUUGAUUUUUCCUGCUGCAGACAUUGACCGGAUCCUCCAUGCUGGCUUUACUUUGCAGGAAGCUCUUGGGGCUUUGCAUCGAGUUGGUGGAAAUGCAGACCUUGCUCUUCUUGUUUUGCUAGCAAAGAACAUUGUAGUUCCUACAUAACCAUGGAAAGUGGGCUAGACUGUAUUCCAUUCCCUUAAAGAAAGCUAUAUAUACACACACACACUCACACAUAUACAGUAUAGGUAGAAACCUGCAAGCAGAAUGUUGAGCCAGAUUUUUUUUUUUUUUUUAAAGGUUUUUUUCGGCCAAAGUAAUUUAUGAUCUCUUGUCUGAUGGAUUUGUCUAUUCUACUUGUUAAAAUUUGGGCCUUUUUAAAUGUAUUGGCAGUAUGUGCAUACAAAAGCAUUUUAUUCUCAUUAAGAUGAUGUAUUCUGGAAUAAAAUUGAUGGCUUUAUGUAUAGCAUACCAUUUUAGAAUGAGAGUGAAUGCUUUGAAAAGCAGAAGCCAUGAGAAAUCCCACCACCCGUGCAGCUAAAAGCAGAUCAACUUAACACUGUGACUGUGUGUCUGAGCUGUAGGCAAGGUAUGGCUUGUUGACUAAGUUGUCAAGUUACAAGCUUUUGACCACAUAGUUUGGUGUUUGGAAUUAAUACCCAAUGCUCUGUAUAUUUGAUUCAUCACUUAUAACAGGAAAUUGAAGAAUAAUUGACUAAUAUCUCCUAGAGUGGUAUUUUUAUUUGUGUGCUUAGGGUUUGACGUUUUAAUAGGGUGAGCGGGAGGGUUUAAAACUUGGGCUACUUUGUAUAUUGCAGGCUGCUGCAUGGAUUGCCAAAUGUUACACUGGGUGGGAGACUGGGGGGGAAUUAAAAUUAGAGUGAAACAUGGUGCUACCCAGAUUUAAAAAGAAAAAAAAAUAUAUGUGUAUAUAUAUAUAUCCAUUUGCAAAUGUCUUGGUGAUGUUUCAAGAACUGUGAGUGGAAAAUAAUGGCUUAAACACUGGAAUUCACUAUAGAUGGGGUUUGCUAGCAUCUCAUUGAUCAUACCUCAACCCUUAAUGAUUAUUUGAUCAAUUUUAUGUUCAGCUAAUGGGUUGAUUGCCAGCAGUUUCUUUCUUUUCUAAACUCAUCUUCUAUUAAGAAGUUCUAAAGCUCAGUUUUGAGCUGUGAACUGAGUGAAAUGUUGAAGUGUGAUAUCCUUAUCACCAGUUCAUCUUGGUGCUUAGAAUGGUCAGUCUGUUUGGUGAGUGCCCUUCAUGGCAGUGGAAAAUAGUAAUUGCGGUUUCUGACUCAAGUGGCCUUGGUAGAGUUUUCCAUCCCUUUUCUUUCCUCAGGAAUUUCUUUUUUAAGCAAGAUUCAUCAUAUUUGUGUCUACCGUGUAGAGUUAGGAGUGGGGCAUAGCAUAUAGAUGUAUUUAUUGUGGCCUUUUAUAGAGGACUAGCCCUUGGAAAUCAUUGUCCUGUGGGCCCCACUGUGCAGUAAUCCGACUGGAUAGGUUUUAGAUCAUUCUUUCCUGGAAAACUAUUCUCUUAGGUACCUAGCAGAAAUCUAAAAUCUUGGUUCUAUUGAAAAGAAUUUUGAGAAUGAUAAUUCUGGAUUACUCUUCUAGAUUACAGUUAGCAAUGUGUUUGAAACAGAAGCUUUGAAAGGAUGAGUUGUGAACUUAGUGUUAAAUAGGUUUGUCUAAAAUCUGAUUAUUUGAUAACUUGUUCUUUCCAUCAAAAUUCAAGUCAUUGAACAUAAUCAAAAUGAAGACUCAUAUCUCAGGAGUUUUUGAAAUUUUAAUUUGGGGGCACUGAGAGACUUGUCUCUUCUACCCUAUCCCAACUCUGCUUUCUCUUUGCUAUGAUGUUUGUAUGUAUUAUAAGACUAGUGAUAUGAUGGAAAGUCACACAGAUUCAUCAUGAUCCUUUCUGAAGUUAGGAAAUAGUUGACAGAAGGAAUUGUCGUUUACUGUUUUCAAGAGGGUGCUCAGAAGGACAGGUUAGCCAGAUUGUCUUUAAAAUGUCCUUUUAGACAAUCACAUGUUGUAGAUUUUGUUUGCCCUACACCAAAGAUCUAAGAUGCACUAGGAAACUGUUGUAGGAUUUCUGUCAACUGACGCUUAAGAGCUAUGAUUGUAACUAAGUGGUUGGUGCUGUGAUUGAAGCAAAAUCUAGUAGCAGUGCAGUGGGACUCUGUUUGCUUUAUGGGGGAUGGUUUGAGAAUUUACUCUAAACUUACAGAUCUUUGGGGCCUUGGGCUGGGGUGGGUGUGGUAUGGGGGAACUUAACAAUGACACUAGACUCCUCCAAAAAGGCCCUCUGUGUGAUGAUGGCUCGCAGUGUUCUGUGUGAGCAGAACAAAAUUUGGGGCACUGCUCAGAGGCAUGGCCACUGAGUUUUAACAGUGUGGAGAUUUGGGAAACAGUCUCAAGUGAAUAUAGAAUAUCAGCCUAGAAAAGUUUUCAUUUUAAUAGCUUUUUAUGUAUGUAUAUUUAUUUUUGAAGAGAAAAUUGAAUAGGUCUAUAGUUUUGCUGGUAUUCUUGUUAGGAGUACUUUGAAUGACUUUAACUCAUUCGCCAAAUAUCCUUGUCAAUUUUUGUCAUUUUUUUCAACAUAUAAUUAUUUUUGAAUUUUAAAAUCUUAUUUCCUAUCCAUCAUUUCUAUGAAAAUGAAGUUGUUGACAUUGUUAGGAUUUUUUAAUUAAUCUUAAAUUCAGCAGUUAUAGAACAGAAAGGGUAUUAUGGAACGUAACGCUGGUGAACCUUCAUUGUCAAUUUUAUUCAAUGUUUAACACGUUAAGAAUUCUAGAAGUGCAGAAAUUAUAGAUUAACUUCUAAGAAUAAGAUCAAAUCAUUGUAAACUCAUCUGGUUGGCAACAGAACUUGUAGUAGCCAGUCAUACCAGUAAUGGAUGGCUUUAUUGGACAGCUCCUUUGACAUAAUAAUGGACAGCUCUGUGGUCAGAGCUUACCUCCAAGGGUGGUCUGUUUGCUCACCAAAGAGAAGAGGGGAUUCUCCUGUAUAAAUUCUACAGUUUCCCUCAAGUUGGUUCUAGUAUACCAGGAUGUGCUCGGUAACUAUAGACAGGUAUGCCUAGGCUAUAGAUUUUGCCCAUUGAAGCUAGUAAGAAUUAUUUAUUUCCUGUUGUACCUGUGGGGCAGUUCUACUCUGUCCUGUAGAGUCGCUAUGAGUCAGAAUCGACUCGAUAGCAACGGGUUUGGUUUUAGCUUUUGGUAUUGUACCUGUUCUAGGCCUCCAGACAUCAUCAGCCAGUAGCCUUUCAUUCCUAUAGUUUGGGCUUUAGCCAUUAACAUAAAGAUAACCAGUUGCUUAACAAAGGAAACUGGAUAGGAGCACCAUAUAUGUGAAAGGGAGACACAACCCCACAACCUCUUGCAAGAGGGUUGCAUAGAAGUGGAUAUAUGAAACUGUAUCCUUGCUUUUAUGAUAACCAAUUAGUCUGCCUAUUCUUCCCUUACCACAGCUUUCUAUCUAAUGAAAGCUAUAAAAAUUUAGUUUAACUUUUCAGCUCAUGUGUUUUAUAUAUAUAUGUACGUGAACUAUUCUGUACAUAGGGUGAUUGGCAAGUAUUCUACAAGUAAUUUUACAUAGAUUAAAAUGUGACCAAUUUUUAUAUCAACAGAUAACAUUUUUCAGUUAUGGUGGCUUGUAUCCCACCAUGUAUAUAAGAACAGCCUUGCAAAAAACUCCAGGAAAAUUGAAGUGAAUUCUGACUUCCUUUUCCUAUCUGUUGCCACCUUUGCCACCUACAGUGAGGUUAAGCAGGAAUAAUUGAACUGCUACAUAUUUGAAACUUGUAAUCGUUGGUAACCAGGUUAUGCAUUCUUCUAUUCUCUAGCACAAAUACCAAAAAGCCAAACUUCCCCUUUGAAUGUUAGUGACUUAGCGUAGUCUGUGGCUGAGUUUUCCUUCCCAAAAGAUGAACAUCACCUUUCAUUUAGCAGUUAUAUAAAAUAAAAAUAAUGCUCUUAAGUAGCUGGAAAUGUGAAAUCAUGGCUUAGUUUUAUACUUUAGUGGUCCCUCGGUAGGUGUUACUAGGAGUUUGUUCAAUAAAGGAUUUAGGUGUGAACCUUUGAUGUACUUGAUUUUCUUUUGUGCCUUAGUUUCUCCGAAUAGCAGAGGCAUCAAAUUUUAGUGGGUGAUCCUAAGACUCACCUGUAUUAAGCUGAUUCAGAAUUAUACUACACCAAAUCAUUAGAUUUCCCCAGAUAGAAGGAUUAUAAUCUGGAUUUAUGCAUCAGGCAUACAGAAAAGGAGCUCUAGAUGUUUAUUAUGUUUUGUGUUGUACUAUCAGUGUUGUAAAGAUUAAGGGAGAGAAAAAGGUCGAGAAAAUCUUACUUGCGCAGAAAACUGGUACUCUCUUGAAUGCUAUGCAGUAUGAGUCUUUGAACAAGAGUUCAUUGAUACUUCUUUGAAUCAUCAAACAUAUAUUGAGUGCCUAUGUGCCAGGCACUGGUGAACACCAGGGAUACAGGUGUGACUAAAACAGAUUGAAAUCCUGCUUUCGUGAAGCUUUCAGUCUAAUAGGGAGACAUGAAACAAAUGUUAGCUUCAAGAGCCAAUAAUGGACAAGGACAAGAUCUGUUUCGGCCUAUUAGUGUGUUUUUAGUUUAAAAGUCAUCCUAGAAUGAUUUGGUUUAAAUUCAGAGCAGAUUGGGAAAAUCAGGCUUAAAUUGGCAUCAGAAAACCAGCAACAACAAAAAAUGUUCUAACAUUUGGUAGAAAUACCUGAAGAAAUCAAGUAUUCAGAAAUACAUUGACGGUGCUGGGGGGUAAAUGGGCAGAAUGGGAGAAGUGCAACAAGUAAAUGGCAAAUGACCCUAAGUACAUGUCAGUGUGACUGUCAACCUUUCCUUCCAUCAGGAGCUCCUUCCAUGCAGGGUGGAGAUAGGGAUGUGCUGCAGCAUCCUCCCCUCGCACCAUUUGAGAGCAUAGCUGCUCUGGAGUAAUGACAUCUGGGCUAACAGAACUUAGCAAGAUUCUGCAGGAUGUGCUGUUUUAAAGCAGCUGAGUGCAAAAUAGAAAAUGGGAGUCUAGAACAGAAAAUCUAGCAAGCAGUGAAUGGCUUUGGGACAGAAUGAUGGGCAGAAUUGAUUUACAAGAGGAUUUAAGGCGCCAUGAAUUUUUCUACAGGACAGCUGCCAUCAAAGGGACAUCCUCUCACCCGUUAUUUAAAAUGUCGUAUGUUAUUAUCCUGAGGCAUACAGGUAGAAUAUCUGGAUCUUAACUACUAGUGACUUCAGAGGUUUACAGUUAGAAAGCUUCUGAAAGGUUUAUCCAUUUUGUAUUGGUGAUUGCUAAUGUAGACCCUCUGGGAGCUGUAAAAGGUAAGAGGAUACAGCUGAUUAAUUUCAGGGCACCAUCUUGUAUGAAAUCUGCAAAGAGAAAAUGAUUCAAAGGCAUAGGGUUUAGAGAAUUUCUUUUACCUAAAAAAGUUAAGCAACUAUAGAAGACUUGGGAUGGGGGUGUGGAAUGCAAAUUUGGAAUAAUUAAAGAACUAUAUUUCUUUAAAUACAUACUUUAAGAAGGUUUUUAUUAGCUAAUUUGGGGAAGGGGUACCCUGGGGUAUGUUUUCCUAGGAAAAUGCAUCUCUGAUGGGAAAUUAUUUUGUUUACAAGACUGUUUUACCUGCAACCUUGAACAAACGUAUCUGUGGCCUGAAGAAAGGUAGACCUGUGUUAAUUUCCUCUCAGAGGCAGUCAGAUCCAUUUGUCUGGAUUCCUUCUGUCUGAGAUUACCCGAUGCUGACCAGACUUCUUUUUCCUUCCCUGAAGACGUAAAGGUUUCUGAGCUUGUGCUACCUACCCAUCCAGACUUUCCCAUUUGAAUGAUUAGAUUUCUAUUCUGUACUCCACUGAUCAUCCGCUUGAAAUAGCUGGGUGAUAUCCUCAGAGCAGUUUGACAUACUGAUUGAAUUUGCGUUUUUCACUAUGCAUCUAGGAUGAAAAUUGAUUUGCUUGUUUUUAUUCAAACUCUCCUCCUCUUGAAAGCUUUGUUUACCAGUUUUGUAGCCAUAUUUGGCAAAUUUUAAUUAAUAGAAACCCCUCUGUCCUUUUCCCCCUUAUUCUUGCAAUUGCUCAUUUAGGGCAAGAUUUUCUGGCUUUUCUUCAAGCUUUGAGACUACUGCAUCUUAGAAGAAGAACUAGGCUGAUUGGCAAAAUAGACUUGCCAGUGGCUCAGUCACUUCCAAAACACUUUAGUUUUGAGAGUUCGGGAAACUCUGAGAACUUACGAGAACCAAACUCAGGAAUCCCAAAGUUGGUUGCAUUGUGCCAUUGGUUUAGGGGCUGAACAUAGGACCUGUCUGCAGCUGAGUGAAUUAGAUGCAUUUGGGUUUGAGUUUUUGUCAAAUACUGAAAUGUAAGUCAGCCCUAAAUAAUCAAAACACUUUAUUUUCUUUUUUUAAUAGGAACUUUAUGAAGAAAAAGUGAUAUGUCAAACAUUUGAUAUUUAAGACAAUAAAGUUUUUAUCAUACGACUUUUGUUUGAUCAAUUUCUUUUAAAUCGAGGUGAUUGAUUGCUU